AUGCCUAUUGACCCCAUCCCGAACUUUAAAAGAGAAAUUGACAAUUUUCUUGAGUUAGCAGUUUCGGAGGGCAUUAUAUCAGACACAGUUAAAUCACAAUUAAUGGUACAGGACCCACAACAACAGAUUCUUUAUUUACUACCUAAGAUACGCAAGUGCCUGAACAAACCACCUGGUAGACCCAUUGUGUCUGGUGAAUGCUAUUGGCAGUUGAAGGGUACCACUAUGGGAGCCUCUUUUGCUCCUAUAUAUGCGGAUUUAUUCAUGGGCUACAUUGAGGAGAAACUCAUUUAUGAUCAAACACAUAACAUCUAUCUUGAGGAGCUGGAUAUUUGGCGACAUUAUCUUGAUGAUUGUUGCCUUUUUGAUUCCAUAGAGGAGCGGUACAUGAAGUUACGCAGUAGUGUGCAGAAAUUUACUGUUUCACAGAUCGGUGUUUCCGUUUUUAAGAAGAAGAACGGCGUACCCAACAGGUUUGUUUCGCAAUGCUACAAUUUUUAUCUUUUUCCAGUGUGUUUUGCACAGAUUGACACAGAGUUUUCUGUACAGGCAUCUAGCUCUGCAUUCCUGUCCAGUUACGGCUUUGACUUUAAUAAGCUUUUUAAGAAAGGAAUCCCUUAUCUCAAUGAUGUCCAGGAGGCAGCCCUUCAGAAUAAACUGGCCACAGGAGUAUUUGCCAUUUACAGGUUACUGUCAGGAGACCAGUUGAAGUCUUUUAUUAAUGUUGUUACUGAAUGGAUUGUGACAGCUGAGGAGGGCAGUUCCAUUGUUCUGUCUGGAUUAUCAGGGCUCCAGGUUUAUGACUUGCAGAUUAUUCUAAGAAGAGCAAUUCCAACUGUCUGGACAGAGCUGAAAAGCACAACUGAGGUGGCUGUGUAUAAAGUCAGUGUUGAGAAGCGCAAAAUACUUGAGACAAGUGCAGAUUGCACCCUAAUUGAAAAAGCAGUGAAUUUUGCCCGGGGCUUCACUAACCUUUUCAGAAUUCUCGUUGAGGCUCAUAAGCCACUAGUUGGACACAAUUUGUUUCUUGAUCUGCUGUACCUCCAUGAGAAAUUCUACAGACCUCUUCCAGAAAGCUACAGUGAAUUCAAGAAUAAUAUUUGUUGCCUCUUCCCUUGUGUUAUUGACACAAAAAUCAUUGCCAGAGUGACCUGGAAGGAAUAUUCAUUCCCAAGAGCAGGAACCCUUUUGCAGAUUUCUGAAAUUAUGAGUAGCAAGCUUGCAGACGAGCAGAUGAACCCUCCAGAAAUUUGUCAUGCUGAUGAAUGUCAACUUUAUGUUGACCAUGAAUAUCCUCAUGAAGCUGCUUAUGAUGCUUUUCUGUCUGGGUCAGCAUUGUUAAAGAUGACUUAUCUGCUGCUUCUGAAGAAAGAUUUGUAA